GUACCGGAAGUGAGCGACUGUCUUCCAUGUUUUGACUAUUGUGGGAAUCCCCCAUUAAUAACAUCGCGUGGAACUUUUUCUCUCCAAAUAUUUUGGCGUUUUUUGCCAUUUCUAUCGACUAAAAGCCACACCCUCAUAUCAUUUCCGCACUCUGCGUGGAGCAGGAGCGUUCCUCCGCCUCAUCAAGAUGGAGGACUCAUCUUUGGACCCUUCUCUGAGCCCCACGAUCCAGAUGAGCCAGGAGUCCUUCCAGCAGUUGUGGGACAGUGUGAAAGCGCCGUCCAUUUCCAGCAUUCACAAUGAGGACAACCCCCCCGCCUUCAUGUGGAAGACCGAAACGGACAUCCCGUUGACGCAACUCCUAGAUGACGGAGCCCUCUCUGACAAUUUUGAUGAAAAGAUCUUUGAGAUACCGCUGCCCCCACUCCCACCACCAACUCCGGCGGCAGCGGCGGCACCCUCCACCGGCCCCACCGUCCCAGUCACCACCGACUGUCCCGGUGAUUACGACUUCCAGCUUCGUUUCCAGAAAUCAGGCACUGCCAAGUCGGUCACCUCCACAUUUUCCGAGGUGCUGAACAAGCUGUACUGCCAGCUGGCCAAGACCACCCCCGUGGAGGUGCUGGUGACCAAGGCGCCGCCAGCGGGGGCCGUCCUCAGGGCCACGGCUGUCUACAAGAAGACGGAGCACGUGGCUGACGUGGUACGCAGAUGUCCGCACCACCAGAACCAGGAUGCCACAGAGCAUCGCAGCCAUUUGAUUAGAGUGGAAGGCAGCCAGAGGGCGCUGUAUUUCGAGGACCCCCACACCAAGAGACACAGCGUCACCGUCCCGUAUGAACAGCCCCAGCUGGGGUCCGAGAUGACCACCAUCCUGCUGAGCUUCAUGUGCAACAGCUCCUGCAUGGGGGGCAUGAACCGCAGACCCAUCCUUACCAUCCUGACCCUGGAGACCCCAGAUGGGCUUGUUUUGGGCCGGAGGUGCUUUGAGGUGCGUGUUUGUGCGUGUCCCGGCCGUGACCGCAAAACCGAAGAGGAGAACGCUGCCAAGAUGGAGAACGGGACCAAAGAAACCAAAAAACGAAAGAGCGCCUCAGGCCCCGCUGCUCCCGCAGCUGCUACCACUGCCGCCCCCCUGAAGAAGCCCAGGGCUGCCUCCAGUGCCGAUGAGGAGGACAGAGAAAUAUAUCAUCUUGAAAUUCGUGGACGUGAGCGUUACGAAUUUUUGAAGAAAGUCAACGACGGCCUGGAGCUGUUGGACAAGCAAAGCAAAACCAAGUCACCUGUGGCAGUGAAAAGUGAAGUUCCGCUGCCUUCCGUCGGGAAACGCCUCUUGCUGAAAGAACCACGUAGCGACACAGACUAGCAAAAAUAACCGUUGGGCUAAAUUCAGCACACACAAAAAGUCGAGAUGAUGUUAUUUUUGAUAUAUUUCUUUUGACCAAAUCAUGUGUUAAGUCAAAUGUACAUUCCUUUUUUUUAACCCAUUACAUUUUUUGCUUUACUUUAUGAUUUCCUGUUAACACACCAUCGCCCUCCUGCGAAAUAGUGUUGUACUGCAUGUAGUAUUACAGUACAUGCUUUUUUUUUUAACUACUUGACAUGUUUUUGUAUUGUGAUAUCCCCCAAAUAAAAAGGGUCUUUGUUA